GGCAGGGGAUGCUUGUAUUGAGAGAACUGAGCAAUACUUGGACCGUGAGCUUUAGUGGUGUGUGUCCAUAUACUGAGCUACCAAGGGACUGGCUGUGGAUGUGAAGGGCUCUAGGACUGAGCAUUGUGAACAGUGUGUGUUGCUGAAUGCCUCUACAGGCAGAGAAUCCCCCCUUUGGGAACAAUCAGAUUUCCUCCUGCGGCUCUGCUGGGUGUCUAUAGGCAGCCGAGGGCUCGUAUUUAACUCCUAAAUGACUGGCAGCAACAGCAUGAGCAGCGGCUACUGCAGUCUGGACGAGGAGGGCGAAGACUUCACCUUCUUCACCGCAAAGACCACCUUCUUCCGCCAGCCCAAAAAGCUGGUUAAGCAGAAUGAGGUCAAAGAGGAACAGGAGGCAGGGCCCAAGGCUCUGUCAGAGAAAGAGGUGCGGGCCAGGAUAGAGGACUACAACUCUAACGUCUCAGAGAAUGGCAUGAAACUGGCUGCUGAUGGUUUGUACACUGGCUUCAUUAAGGUCCACCUCAGGCUGAGUCGGCCAGUCACGGUGCUUGCUGUGGAGGGUGCGGGAUUAGAGGAACAGUCAGGCAAGCCAGACAGACGCGGUCGGCCAAUGACGGUGUCAGAGGGCCAGGAGGGGGAGGGAGCGGGGUUGAGUGACAAGCGGACGUCGUUCUACCUUCCCAGUGACUGUGCGAAGCAACUCCACAUUAGUAGUACUACCACAGUCAGGGAGGUCAUACAGGGCCUGCUGAAGAAAUUUAUGGUGCUGGAUAACCCACGCAAGUUUGCCCUGUACAGACAGACACACCGCGAUGGACAGGAUCUGUUCCAGAAACUUCCUCUGGUGGAGUAUCCUCUCUCUCUGAGACUGGUGGCAGGGCCAGACCCUGAGCUGCUCAGCUUUGUCCUCAAGGAGAACGAGACCGGAGAGGUUGAGUGGCAUGCGUUUUCAGUUCCUGAGCUGCAGAACUUCCUGGUGAUUCUGGAGAAGGAGGAGACUGAGCGUGUGCGAUUGGUGGAGCAGAGAUUCACAGCUUACCGACAGAUAUUGCAGAAGGCACUAUGCGAGCAUCAACCCUGAUCCCUCACCCUUGAUCCCUCAUCCCUAAUCUCUCACCCUGACCCCUCAACCCUCACCCUUCUGUUGACCCAGGGAGAGACAGGAGACCACUGAAGCUCACAGACUACUAUUCUCCCCUCAUUACACGGUCAGCCCCCCUCCAUCCCUCCCUCCUCACCCCCCCUUAAGAAGAGAGGAGGGGUUGAGAAAGCAUGGAAAGGGAAAAGGGGACUGAUUAACGGGCGAGUGGGCAGGAUUCUGGAACAUAAUCAGUGUUUCCCUGGGAGGUGAAAGACACGCUGAACUGACAGACCCUCUGACUUCAUUGGGCUCAGAUAUCUCAUUUUGGUCUGACAAUGUGACCUGAUGAGUCUUCUAAUGUUACAUUGAAUCUCCGUUUGGUCUGAUUAUGUUUUUAAGAUUAUACUGCUGCUGCUGCUACUGCAAGUGUUACUUAUUUACUUACUUAUGUAUUUACUAAGGCAUGAGUCUCACCCUGCUCUAUCUGCCCCAGCGCCCCUGCAUAAAGAUUCAGAUGGACUAGAACAGACAUUACCAUUCAAAACAACGCUCCAAACAACGCUCCAGGGACCAUUUGGAAUGUUCCAUUACUUGAUGUUUACGAUAUCAACUCUCAGGUUGUCCCUGCAUGCCUUCUGUCCAGGGUCGAGGGUAGGAGACGGGUGGGUAUGCUUGGGUUGGGAAGUAGGGUUGGGAUGCUGGGGUAAAGCUAUGUUCGUCUUCAUCUUCAGACUCCUCUCAUAUCAGUCCCAGGGAUGUACACCAGUGUUUCUCAUAGAACUGCUCUGCUGAGCUAAGGAGGCAACAGAAGAAGACCUGAGCUCUCUAUCCUAAUUUAUUUACCCAGCGCUGAAAUAACCCCUCUAUCUCAGGCGGCUAACUUUCACUUAAUCCUGCAUCUCCAUCUACCUGGGUAACCAUGCUAGUGUGGGAGGUGUUGUGCAGAUAGACGUGUAUAUCAUAAAUAGAUGCUAUUCCCAUAGACACUAGUCUCUUCAGAUAGACAUUGAGUACCCUGACUGCAUUCACAUAAACAGAGACAUAGGCCUUCUGUACCCAUUAUUCAUUCACCCAUCCUACAGAAGCUAUGUCUUCUGUACCUGUUAUUCAUUCACCCAUCCUACAGAAGCUAUGUCUUCUGUACCCGUUAUUCAUUCACCCAUCCUACAGAAGCUAUGUCUUCUGUACCCGUUAUUCAUUCACCCAUCCUACAGAAGCUAUGUCUUCUGUACCCGUUAUUCAUUCACCCCUCCUACAGAAGCAUACCGUAUGUAAACGAUCAGUAGAUUCCUUCAUUGCAUGAAUCGUCUGCUGGUGUUUAAAGCAUUUACAAACAGUUGAUGUUUUGACUCUUCAUAUACACGUCACCCUUCCCUCAUCAAUAACCCAUGACCUUUAUCUCCUGACCCCUAACCUGGAAAUGUACAUUUCUCCUGAUGGGAGACUGCUUUGCUGCUGUUCCCAGUGUCUGUGGAGAAGGUAUGCAGCUGUAGCUACUGUUGUUAGAGGCCUGUUAGAGCCAGCCACUCUGUGCUGCUGUGACAGGCCCCUGAAGCCCUGCUACUGAGCCGACUGUUACAGGACCGAGUGAAUGAGGAACUGAUGCUCAAACACUGAUUGAGGGUCAAAAGGUCAUCUGCCAGGAGUUAUUCCUGGUCAGUUCAUGUAGUUAGGAAAAACUCCUGUUCCUAUAGUUCAUUGAGCUGAGAAACCCCAUUCUGGUGAUCACACCAAAGUUAAGAGGGACAGGGGCAGUGGGAUAUGCCUGACUGAAAAGAUGACGUAUUGUAGGAAAAAACUUUUUUGCACUGAUUCUGGCCACAGAUUGGUCUGCCAGUCUGUAUAGUAUCCUAGAGAAGGAGCAUGAAAUUAGUGAUUUUUAAAAUAAAAUUUAAGGGAAUUUGAUCAUACAAUUAAUGUUUAUCUGAGUGUGAUGCAUAUGUAUAUAUGUAAACAUUGGAGGACAAAUUAUUAUUAUUGAUUAUAACUAUUGUUAGUUGAAUUGGUGUGUGCGUCUGGGCUGAAGAUAAUAGUAUAAAUGUUAUAUGAUAGUUCAUAUCUCUGUAUUCCAGUCAGUCUCUCUCAUCGUCCAAAAGCACAUGCCUUCCUGAUGCCGAGAGUCCCUUCAUCAACCCUGUUUUAUUCCUGCCCUCACAGGGCUUAUAGAAGCCACACAAACAGAUCUGAGACCAGACUACAUGUCAACGAUGGAACCCUUAAGAUUGUGUGUGUGUGUGUCUUUGUGUGCUUACAUCUGCGUGUGUAUUAUUUAUUUUAUGGUUCACCCCCUUCGGCAUGGUGUUAAGUGUCAGAGGAUGUGGGCAAUCAAUGCUUUCCAAUAAUCUCUUAGUUUGGUUUAUCUGAAGAAUCAGAUGUGUAUAUAGAUAUCUGUAAAGCUGUAUAGAAAAUGAAGAAUGAAAUAAAUG